GAAAAUUCAAGGUCCCAAGUUUCGCUGUCACUGAACCAUGGAAAUUCCUCAAAUAGAUAUCUCGCCUCUGAUUAGCGGUUAUGGAGUAUCUGAGGACAUACACGAAGUCAUAGCUCAAAUCAAGGGGGCCUGUGAGGAUAUUUCUUGUUUCUAUAUCACUGGUCACGGAGUGGACACAUCCUUGAUGGCUGAUGUAAUAAAAUGCAGUAAAGAGUUUUUUAACCUGCCAAUGGACGAGAAAUUAAACAUCAACUUGAAGAAAAGUCCUGCAUAUCGUGGAUACAUUCAACUAGGUUCUGAGAAGACAGCAAGCAAAAUCGAUAUGAAGGAAGGAAUUUAUUUUGGCCCAGACUCUGGCUCGCAUGACGCUGAUACAACAGCCUUGGAACCUAUGAUGGGGCCUAAUCAGUUCCCGGACAACAAACAAUUACCAGGAUUUGCCACAACUAUCAAUGAUUACAUGGACAAGAUGUCCUCGGUAGGACAUGCUUUGAUGAAAGGUCUCGCUCUUUGUCUUGAACUAAAUGAUGAUUACUUCCAUGACAAAUUCAACCCAGCUUUUCCAAUGAUGGCUCUAUGGCAUUACCCACCCGUCCCUGGAGACUCAGACUCAUGGGGGGUUGGACCUCACACAGAUUAUGGAGUGCUCACUUUAUUGAUGCAGGAUAGCGUCGGAGGUCUGCAAGUCAAGACAAAAUGUGGAGACUGGAUUGAUGUUCCUCCCAUUACAGGAACAUUUGUGGUCAACAUUGGUGACGUUAUAGAGGCCUGGACCAGGGGAAAAUUCCGUGCUACAGUGCACCGGGUCAGAAAUUCGACAAAAAAUCAUCGAAUAUCAGCACCUUUCUUUUUCCAACCGGGUCUUGACUGCAUCAUCGAGUCUCUUGAUGACGUUUUGGUCUCAGACCGUUGCCCUGAAAACCCCGGUGGAACUGCCCAAACUGCGCUGUCGCUUCAUGAGCCCUUUAAUUUUGGGGAUUAUGUGUUUAAUAAGUUUCAGAAAUCAUAUGGGAAGGAAGUUUAAGUCGUUAAUUAAUGUUAUGCAUGGCCUAAGUCUGGUCAAGUAAAGAAGAAAAAUCGAUGAUUGCGCUGGUUUUGCAUAUCCUUUGCUUUGGGAUUGACCCUUGACAAACAACACUGAAUCAAUGACGCCUCAUCACUGAUGUUUUGACGAGCUCGAGGCUGGUUUCCUAAUCUUUUUUUUUUAAUUCACAAUAAGUUCGUGUCUUCGUUAAUUAAUCAGCUUAUUCCGAUGGGCCGUCAGCUGAAAACCAACUCAGUUGAAGGGCCCUGAUUCAUUUGUUAGUCUGUCGCUCAUUUUACGGGUUAUUUUAUUGGUUUAUUAUGACCAAAAGGGAAACGCUUUUUCGUAAACAGGUCCGUUAACUGUGAGCGCGUUAACUUCUUACUUCGUUUGCGUGUGUCAGUUCUCUGCACUCUAUUUAAGGUUCGCAUUGGUUUUGUCUUCGUGCAGCUUAAUGCCGAUGAUACAUUUUCCGAGACAAUCCCUGUUUUUUUCACCUGGACAAUGCUCUUCGUAUUUUUCAGUUUACCUUUCAUUGUAGAGGAAUUUUCAAUUAAGUAUUGAAAGUAAUCCAGCUCUUGCUCAACUAAGCUCUAUGAUUAUGGUCUGGAAAACUCACGCUACCCUCUCAACCAAUCAGAUGCAAAAUUGAUAGGUUAGGCAGUAUGCUUGCUUUUACCAUUGCGUUCCCAUUGGCUCCUUGUAGAUACUUUUUAAUUUUUGAUUGGUUAUAAUAAGUCUUCUUUUGGCUCGUGCUAACUCAGUUCAAACGUGCUUUUCAUGACUCUAUAAUUGUUUGAGUAAUUUUUCCUGACUUUGAUUUUUAUGACCUUGAGGGUAAAACCUAAAGGCCGCCUAAUGAAGGCCUUUUAGAGGGAGAUUGGUUACAGAAGGAUCUGAUUGCUUCUCUUCCUUACUCUCUAAAAACAGAGUGAAGAUAACUUAUGUGUCAAAUAAUAAAAGUAAACGCUCUCUUAGCUUAGUGGUCAUUUGUAAUUUUAGAUCCAGUAAACGUGUGGGGAACACGCUGGAAUCUGGAUCGGGAGAUCUGGCUUCCAGCCCUAAUUUGGUCUUUGUGUUGCGUUCUUGGACAAGACGCCUUUCUCUCUGAGUACCCCUCUUUACCAUGCAAGAGUAUCUGUACUCUUGGGUAAUUCCAAACGGUUGUCAAGAUUUGCGGAUUUUGUGAAAUCGGAAUUCGAUGUUGAACUCUCGCUCAUUUCACAAAGAUUUGUGUUUUCGUUGCCCUA